UCCGGGCGCUCCCAGGCCACCGCCUCCAGUCCGUUCCCCCGGCAACGCGCGGCCGUUCUCAGUAGCAGGGGCCAUGGACCAGGGGUCGGGCGGCGGGCCCCACCGGGCUCGCGGCCGCUUCGGAGCGCCGUCCUGCGGAGCGCGGGCUCCGGGGGCACCCUGGGCACGCUUCUCGGCCUGGCUGGAGUGCGUGUGUGUGGUCACCUUCGACCUGGAGCUGGGCCAGGCGCUGGAGCUGGUGUACCCCAGCGACUUCCAGCUCACGGACAAGGAGAAAAGCAGCAUCUGCUACCUGUCCUUUCCCGACUCCCACUCAGGCUGCCUCGGGGAUACUCAGUUCAGCUUCCGCAUUCGUCAGUGUGGAGGGCAGAGGCGCCCCUGGCACACGGAUGACAGGCACUGUGACAGUGGGGCCCCUGUGUCUCUGCAGAGGGAGCCCGCACACUACUUUGGCUACGUGUACUUCAGGCAGGUGAAGGACAGCUCUGUGAAGAGGGGCUACUUCCAGAAGUCUCUGGUGCUGGUGUCCCGCCUGCCCUUCGUCCGGCUGUUCCAGGCGCUGCUGAGCCUGGUCGCCCCCGAGUACUUCGACAAGCUGGCGCCCUGCCUGGAAGCGGUCUGCAGUGAGGUUGACCAGUGGCCGGCCCCUGUGCCGGGGCAGACCUUGAACCUGCCUGUCAUGGGAGUCGUCCUCCAGGUGCACAUCCCAUCCAGCGCAGACAAGCCUGAAUCCGGUCCUCCAAAGCAGUGCAGCCACAAGAACCUGCUACCAGCCCCGGUCGUCCUCACCAGUGUCCAUGAGCUGGACCUGUUCAGGUGCUUCCGGCCCGUGCUGGCCCACGUGCAGCUGCUGUGGGAGCUCAUGCUCCUCGGGGAGCCCCUGCUGGUCCUGGCGCCCUCGCCCGCUGUGUCCUCAGAGAUGGUGCUGGCCUUGACCAGCUGCCUGCAGCCCCUCAAGUUCUGCUGCGACUACCGCCCCUACUUCACCAUCCACGAUAGUGAGUUCAAGGAGUUCACGACGCGCACGCAGGCCCCACCAAGCGUGGUCCUGGGAGUCACAAACCCUUUCUUUAUCAAAACACUCCAGCACUGGCCCCACGUCCUCCGCAUCGGGGAGCCCAAGAUGCCAGGGGACCUUCCCAAGCAGGUCAAACUGAAAAAGCCCUCAAGGCUGAAGACCCUGGACACCAAGCCAGGCCUCUACACUGCGUACACGACCUACCUCCACCGAGACAAGGCCCUGCUCAGACGACUGCUUAAGGGCCUGCAGAAGAAGCGGCCAUCGGACAUGCAGACUGCAGUGCUGAGGCGGCACCUCCUGGAGCUCACACAGAGCUUCAUCAUCCCUCUGGAGCACUACAUGGCCAGCCUCAUGCCCCUGCAGAAGAGCAUCACGCCCUGGAAGACCCCUCCCCAGAUCCACCCCUUCUGCCAGGACGACUUCCUGCGUAGCCUGGAGCACUCAGGGCCCCAGCUCACCUGCCUCAUCAAGGGCGACUGGCUGGGCCUCUACAGGCGGUUUUUCAAGUCCCCUCAUUUUGAUGGCUGGUACCGACAGCGGCACAAAGAGAUGGCCCAGAAGCUGGAGGCCCUGCACCUCGAGGCCAUCUGUGAGGCGAACAUCGAGAUCUGGAUGAAGGACAAGUCCGAGGUGGAGGUCGUGGAUCUGGUCCUGAAACUUCGGGAGAGGCUGGUUCGGGCACAGGGCCACCAGCUCCCCGUGAAGGAGGCGACGCUGAAGCGGGCGCGGCUGUACAUCGAGACAGUCAUCGGCUCCCUGCCCAAGGACCUGCAGGUCCUCCUGUGCCCUCCCUAGGAUGGGGCCCCUGGCCCGGGGCCUGGCUGCCCCUCGGGGCCUGGGUCUGGCCGAGCUUCCCUCCCCCGAGUCAAGCACGAGCUCCCCCACCCAAGCUCCCGGCUGCCCCUGGCCCUGGCCCCCCACCUGGCACCACCAUCAUCCCAGCAGACAAGGUGGCAUUUGGAACUACAGCCUGGCCCCUGACUGUUGGCGGAUCACGUGCUGGCAGAGCCUCCCCUCCCCCUGGGCCCCACCUGCCCUCUCCAGGGUCUUAGGCAGGGGUGGGGGGCAGGCUGUGAGCCCUGCUGAUCUGAUCUGGGCCAAGGCCACGCACCCCUCCAGGAGCCCAUCUGCCCAAGCCCUGCAGGCCCAGGCGUUGCAUCUGAUGCAUCCUUUAGACCCACCAGGCUGCCCAGCUCAGGACGGAAGGAGGCGGCUGACAGGCAGACCCCUCUCUUCACACAGCCCGCCCCCCGCCUGUCUUGCCUGGGGGCUGAGGGGGGAACCUCGCCUGUGGUCAUCGCUUGGGAGGGGAGACGCCGCUUUGCCCAGAGAAGAGUUAUGCCCUGUGGUUCGCUGGGAUGCCGCCAGGACCCGCGUGGCUGCCAGGCGGGUCCAGGGCAUUGUCUUUGUUCCAGUCCAGGGACACCCCACUGGGCACCUUCUCCGUUCACUCUGCCCUGCGCUGCUGCUCGGCGGCUGGCAGGCCCUCGAGUCGCCCCUGUGUCCAUGCAGCCCCACAGGCAGCGAGGGGCUUGGACUCUAGACUGACCAGGCCUCUGCAGCCAGAGCCCUUCACAGCCACUGCGGCCUUGAGGCACCAAGCUCCUCGGCAAGGAGUGAAAGUCCCUCAGAAGGGAUCCACGCCCCCAUGUGACACCUUGGAGCACCCGGCCAAGCAAUCAGCGAUGCUGUCAUCAGCACCGUCACAGCUCAGCGCAGAGUGGCAGCACUGGCAGCUGGUGGGGGGCAGGGCAGGGGGAGAGGCGCGGACCCAGAGCCGCAGGCCUUUGGGUGAGUCUCACCGUCUCCAACCCCAGAUGCCUCACCUGAGGCACAAGGCUUCACAGAUGCCCGCGUGGGCCUUGGCGGCAACCUGAGCUGAGUCCUGGCUGAGCGACAUGGUGCGGGAGGCAGGCCGAGCGGGGGGCUUUCCCUUCUCUCCUGAUUCCCCGCAGUCUGUGCCCUGGGAUGGAGCACUGACGCAGCCGCUCCUCCCAAGUGGGGUUCGGUGGAGCCGCCAGAUGACAGCAGGCGCUGGCCUCAGAACUGCCAGUGUCGACUUGUCCGGCCCUGGCCGCUGCCUAGGACAGCCCGGCGCGUCCCCAGCCUGCAGACAGCUGAGCUCAGCCUGGUGUGUGACCGCGGUCAGAGGACAGAAUCGAGGCAGCAGAGGGAGAGACGAGCUGGAGGCCCUCAACUGAGGAAGGACUUUGUGGCCCCAGUGCCGCUUUGGACAGCCUGCCCUGCUGUCUGGCCUGGAGGGGUGGCCCACGGGCCUUGAGGGGUGUGCCUCAGCACAUUGCACAGUCCCCUCCCUUGGCUUUCUGAGGGUGACUGCAGGUGAUGGAGGGCUGCAGGGGAGCAGCUGCAAGGGGGCCUCCGCAAAGCCCUCAGGGACUUUUGCCUCCAUCAACCCAGGAAGGCACAACCAGAGUCCCCUGAAUCCUUGCAUCCUCCCUCGAGGUCUCUGCUUGAGUCCACGCCGCAGCCCCUCACAGCGGGGCUUGUCCUCAGGAACACUGGUGCAGGGGGAUGUUGGGGGAGGGACGCCUGGCAGAGUGGGCCACACUGCCCAGGGUGGAAUCCAAAGCUGAAGGGUAGAGGUGGGAGGAGGUCCCUCCCCUGGAGGGCCUGGGGCUGUGUGGAGGGGCCUCGUCCUCACAGCCUGACCCCCCUGCCCAGACGAGGCCUCUGAGCACAGCGCAGCCUGCGGGUGGGGGCUGGGGGUGGAGUCCUGCCAACUCCAUCGUCUCCCCCAUAAGCCCCCGGGUUCCCUCUCAGGAUCAGGUCAGCUCCGGCUGGGCUGAGCCUCUGUCCCCCCACCAGGCUGGGGACAGGCAGUGAGGAGGGAGGAAGGGGCAGGAGGAUCAAAAGAGGCAGACCCACCACUGACCAGAGCCCCGUGGACAGGAGGGCCUGGACAGGCAGGAACCAGUGGUCCAAGAGGGCGCUGUGGUCGGCGGCCAGUAUGUGAAGCCGCCUGCUUUUGGGGAUUGUGUGUGGGCCUGCUGUGGUGGCUGGGAUGGGGUGGGAGGGCAGUGGGCUGAUGCAAGGACAGGAAGGACAGUCUUUACCCCCAAGCUUCCUGCACUCUAUUUAAAGACUCC